AUGUCUCUCCUGUCUUUAACCAACCCCCCCGGCUGGAGCGUGUGCUCUGCUCUGUGUAUCCUCAUCGUGCUGCUACCAGAGGCCAGAGCAGACGACCUGAACACUACCACUCAGCGCAAUGGCGGGGGAUCCCAGUGCGGAGAGUACUCUAACCAGGUGAUGGAGGACGGGAUGUGUCGGCUGGUGGCCACGCUGCCUCAGCUGGAUGAGCAUAAGUGCCCAGAUAUGUUCCGCUGCACGGACGAGGUCUCCUACUGGCUGCACGAGAACGAGGAGAGGAAGCAGCAGAUCGUGGCGCUGAAGGAGACCAUCUCUGAGCUGCAGGAGGAGCUGAGGGACCACCGGCACCGCAUCAAAGUCCUCGAGUUGCAUGGUGAAGAGAGGACUCACGUUAAUAUGUCAUUGGAGCAGCGUUUUCACGAAUUGGAGCAUCACUAUUCUGAAGCCACCACCCUGCUGCACCUACAGGGCACUCUGAUCCUGGACCUCCAGAGCCAACUCCACAAUCUGACACUUUUGGUGGAUAAAGUAAAAAGAAGCCCUGGGUGUUUGAUCAACAUUGUGCGACCCAACCCGCUGAUGAGUGCUCAGGACGCUCUGCACCCAGAGAUCCAGCAUGUGAGGAACUGUCCUAUAGACUGUGCUUCCAUCUACUACAAUGGAGUGAGGAGGUCAGGCCUGUACACUGUGGUGCCCUCACUGGCCGGCAUGCCUGUGCAGGUCUAUUGUGAUAUGGACACAGAUGGUGGUGGCUGGACUGUGAUCCAGCGGCGCGUUGACGGCUCAUUGAGCUUCGACCGCAACUGGAGGGACUACAGGGACGGUUUCGGUGACCUGCACUCAGAGUUCUGGCUGGGCAACAACCACAUCCACGACCUGAGCACCCAGGGAGACUACAGCCUCCGCAUCGACCUGGAGGACUGGAGCAACAAGCACAAACAUGCCCUCUACCAGAGCUUCAGUGUGGAAGAUGAGGAGCAUCAGUACCGUCUCCAUGUGUCCGACUUCAGUGGGACAGUGCAGGACUCUUUCAGCUGGUACCACGACAAGCAGGGCUUCAGCACCCCAGACAGUGGCAACAUCUGUGCUGAGAUCUCCCACGGCGGCUGGUGGUACAACCAGUGCUUCUACGCCAACCUUAAUGGAGUCUACUACAGGGGAGGCCAUUACACCCCUAAGGGCCGGGGGCCGCUGGGUCCUGAUGGGAUCGUUUGGUACUCCUGGAGAGACACUGACUACUACUCCCUACGCAAAGUCAGCAUGAUGAUCCGACCACGCUCUUUCCGAGCCCGUUUGUCACCAUAACCCUCCGUCACCUGACAGCCGUUAGGACACAGGAACGAUCCCAGCAGCAGGGAUCACAUGUCACUGGGACACCUUGGUGCUGAUGACAUCCAGUGAUGUUUUUAUUGACCUCUAGAAGGAACUGAAUGUCAACAACAAUGGCCACUACUCUGCUGUUUCUGGCUCUAUAUCCUCAAAACUGUGGACUCAUUUUCUGCUGCACAUUUUGGAAACACAAACUUUACACUGUGGAGUUCUUUUUGGGACAUGGACAUUUUUCAUUCAGUCAUUCAGGGAAGUGAAUCUUCCUUAUUUUCUACUUCAAUUUUGUACCUUUAGUUUGAUACUUUGACACUUGACACACUAUCAACAACCCAGCCAAAAAAAACAACCUAAAAAUAUUUGUGUGACGUGGAGGCAUGUGCUACUGACAGACCGAUCACAUGACACUGGUUAUUGAAUGAUCUGCUGCAUAUUGAUGUGAUUAUUCUUCUAAUUUUAUUCAUUUUGAAUUUAUGCCAACUAUAAUAAAAAAAAAAGGUUUUAAUAUUAUGAGUCAGAACAUAAGAACACUGAAUUAUAAUAGAUAUAAUACCCCUUUGAUAUGAUAAGUGCUACUGUCUCACAGUAUAGGGAGAGAAGAUGUGCUAUAUGAGGACUGUGUAUACAUGCAUACUGUAUGGAUUGUACAAUAAACAC